UCUCCAGAGUCACAGUAGUGAGACUGGGAUUUAUUUUUCAAUCUAAAGUUUUUUUCUUUCUCUCUCUAACAAAACAUCUGAAACUCAUAAGACAUCUUUAAGAAUUUCUUAGGAAAACAUGCUGGAAGACAGUGGAUCUUGUUUUCAUCCAGAACAUUUUUUUCUCUUCAUUAUCUAAAACUGAUUUUUAACAGAUGUGGAAGCCACAUCUGUUUGUCGGGUUGGUUCUUAAGUCACUAGGCAAAGAGAAAGAUGAAUCUACUCAAGAUGGACACUUGGAGAAACAACACCGCAUCUUCCUGGCUUAUAAAAUUCAGUUUUCUUUGGCUUUUUAGUCAGAACUGUUGCCGAGCAAGUGCUGUUUGGACGGCUUUCAUGAACAUAUCAUUUCAUGUUGGGAAUCGCACGUUGUCAGAGUUAGGGGAGACGGGAGUAUUUGGAAGAAGCUCCACUUUGAAGAGAGUGACAGGAGUAAUAGUACCACCAGAGGGAAAAAUCCAAAGUGCUUGCGAUCCCAACACCAGGUUCAGCCGACCAAAGAACUCAGAGACCUGGCUCGCACUUAUUGAACGAGGGGGUUGUACUUUCACACAGAAAAUUAAGGUGGCGACAGAGAAGGGAGCCAGUGGAGUGAUCAUCUAUAACUUUUCAGGAACUGGCUAUGAAGUGUUCCCCAUGUCUCAUCAGGCAUUUGAAGGCAUUGUUGUGGUUAUGAUUGGCAACUUAAAAGGCAAAGAAAUUUUCCAUUUAAUUGAGAAGGGAGUUCACGUUACAGUCAUGAUUGAGGUGGGGAGAAAACGUGGGAUCUGGAUGAAUCACUAUUUUGUCUCUUUUGUGAUCAUCACAACUGCUACCUUAGUAUAUUUCAUCUUUUAUCAUAUUCGGAGACUUUGGGUAGCAAGGAUUCAGACCAGGAGAUGGCAACGAUUAACAGCAGAUCUCAAGAAUGCAUUUGGCCAGCUCCAAGUUCGAGUAUUAAAAGAAGGAGAUGAGGAGAUAAAUCCAAAUGGAGAUAGCUGUGUGGUUUGCUUUGAACACUAUAAGCUUAAUGAUACAGUUCGUAUUCUGACUUGUAAACACUUUUUCCAUAAGAAUUGCAUUGACCCCUGGAUUUUAUCCCAUGGGACAUGCCCCAUGUGCAAAUGCGACAUUCUUAAAGCUUUAGGGAUUCAAGUGGAUGUUGAAGAUGGACCCGAAUCUUUGCAAGUUCAAAUGUCCAAUGAAUUGCCUGAAACCCUAUCACCUGGUGAGGGGGAGACAAGUAAUGAACUUCCUCCUGCAAGACCAUCAGAUAAAGUAAUGCAUGUGGAGGAGAAUCCUACUUCUCAGAACAAUGACAGCCACCCUAGUUCAGUAGUGGAAGAUGUUCAUCCUUCACCUUGACGGCAUGACCUUUGAGGAAGUGGAUUAAACCUGUUUGUCAAAUCAUGUCUUAAUGCUGACAAGCA